CCGCAGCUGCUGUUCUGGCUGGCACCGUUACCCCUGGCUCCACGCGUGUCCUUAUCCAGCAGCUCUACCCGCUCUCGCCUCCCGUCUCUUUGCCUCUGUGUGGACGCGGCUGCCAAAAGCGGAAGCCAAAAAAGCGUGUGAAUGGCUUCGGGCAACAGGAUUCCCUCAGUAUGCUCAGCUUUUUGAAGAGGGUGUGUUCCCCCUGGAUAUUGGCUCUGUGAAGAAGGACUACAGUUUUCUGGACCAGGACUCUCUGGGGGCCCUGUGCAGGAGGCUGAUGACCUUGAACAACUGUGCUUCGAUGAAGCUCGAGGUUCAUUUUCAAUGCAAACAGGAUGAAGACUCCGAAGAGGAAGAACAAUGCACCAUCAGCAGCCACUGGGCCUUUGAGCAGGAAAGCAAAUGUGGGUCCCCCAUGGGCUCUUCUGCCCUGCUGGCCCCACCAAGCCCUAGCCUUCUGGGGACCUCAAGCUGUGAAAGUGUCCUCACUGAGCUCAGUGCUGCCUCCCUGCCGGCCAUUUCUGUGAGCCUCUCACCAGAGUCAGCAGACCUGGCCUUGCUAGAUCGCGUCCCCAUCCCAAGUAACCAGCCCUUCCUUAGUCCUACCCAGGGCCAGGAGGCUGCUCAAGACAAAGUAAAGAAGCAUUAUUCUCGAAGCUUCCUCAAGCACCUUGAAUCUCUAAGGAGGAAGGAAAAGGGUGACAAUCAGCAAACAGAGCCUGAGCAACGCCUGGCCACCUCAGAAAAGGCCACCAAGGCUUCAUCUUUCCGCAGUUGCCGUGGCUUUCUCUCAGCUGGAUUUUACAGGGCCAAGAACAGAGCUGCUACUUCAGCCCGGGGCAGAGAGGGUGAGACGCAGAAGGCCUGGGAGGCUUGGCCCAUAGCCACAUUCCGGCAUCCUCAGUCCGUUCGCCGGCGUGACUGCCUGGUGCAUGUGCCUGGAGACCAUAAACCAGGCACAUUCCCUCGCUCUCUGUCCAUUGAAAGUCUUUGUCCAGAUGAUGGCCAUCACCUGGCAGAUUGGAAGCCAGGUAGGUGCUGGGGCUAUGAAGGGCGCCGGGGCUCCUGUGGUUCCACAGGCAGCCAUGCCAGCACUUACGACAACUUGCCUGAGCUGUACCCAGCUGAGCCUUUCCAGGCCGAGGCUGAGGCUGGAGAUGAGGAGGGCGAAGGCAGCUAUGCCCAUCUAGAUGACAUCCUGGAGCACGUAUGGGGGCUGCAGCAACGGGUAGAGCUCUGGUCUCAGACCAUGUACCCUGACCUGAGGCCUGGAGAUAAGGAAGAGGAAGAGGAGGAAGAGGAGGAAGCUGCUUCAUCCAUUGAAAUAUCCACAGCUGAGGUGGAAGGCCAGGAUGAAGAUCUAGCCCAGGCAGAGUCUCAAGUCCUCAGAGAGUUUCCACCCCAAGCCAAGGAGGAAGUCCCACUGAUAACACUGGCUCAGGCCCCUGCUGUGGUAGAGCCAUUGGUACAGGCUGAGGCUAUGACUCCAGCCCAGGCCCAGGACCAUGAGCGAGAGGCAAACUUGGCUCCCGAGCCUGCUUCUGCCUCCAGCCUGUCUGUGGAAGAAGGACACUCCAUUUCUGACACUGCUGUUUCCUCCAGUGAACUUGACAGCAGUGGAAACUCCGUGAAUGAGGUAGAGGCUGCAGAAGCCCAGGCAGGACUCCAAGCAUCAGUGCCCCGCGAGCGACGUGAUUCAGGUGUUGGGGCCUCACUUACCAGACCAUGCAGGAAACUCCGCUGGCACAGCUUCCAAAACUCCCACCGCCCCAGCCUCAACUCAGAGUCGCUGGAGAUCAACCGGCAGUUUGCAGGCCAGAUCAACCUGCUUCACAAGGGCUCGCUGCUGCGGCUCACUGGCUUCAUGGAGAAGUACACUGUGCCCCACAAACAGGCCUGGGUCUGGUCAGUGCCCAAGUUUAUGAAAAGGAAUAAGACCCCAGACUACCGGGGGCACCAUGUAUUUGGAGUACCACCCCUCAUUCAUGUGCAGCGCACUGGCCAGCCUCUGCCCCAAAGCAUCCAGCAAGCCAUGCGCUACCUACGGAGUCAGUGCCUAGAUCAGGUGGGCAUCUUCCGCAAGUCUGGGGUCAAGUCCAGGAUCCAGAGCCUGCGCCAAAUGAAUGAGACCUCCCCUGACAAUGUCUGUUAUGAGGGCCAGUCGGCCUAUGACGUGGCUGACCUACUGAAGCAGUAUUUCCGGGAUCUGCCUGAGCCCAUUUUCACCAGCAAGCUCACCACCACUUUCCUGCAGAUCUAUCAGCUCCUCCCCAAAGAACAGUGGCUGGCAGCAGCACAAGCUGCCACCUUGCUGCUCCCCGAUGAGAACCGAGAAGUGCUGCAGACCCUGCUCUACUUCCUAAGUGACAUUGCCUCUGCCAAGGAAAACCAGAUGACAGCUGGCAACCUAGCAGUGUGCCUGGCACCCUCCAUCUUCCACCUCAAUGUCUCCAAGAAGGACAGCCCUUCUCCUAGGAUCAAAAGCAAACGCAGCCUGGUUGGUCGGCCAGGCCCCAGGGACUUGAGUGAGAACAUGGCUGCCACCCAGGGCCUGUCACACAUGAUCAGUGACUGCAAGAAACUUUUCCAGGUGCCCCAGGAUAUGGUGGUGCAACUGUGUGGUUCAUAUAGUGCAGCUGAACUCAGCCCCCCUGGACCAGCCCUGGCUGAGCUCAGGCAGGCACAGGCUGCUGGGGUGAGUCUCAGCCUCUACAUGGAGGAGAGUGUGCAGGAGCUGCUUCGGGAUGCUGCAGAACGCUUCAAGGGUUGGACCAGUGUGCCAGGGCCCCAGCACACAGAGCUGGCUUGUAGGAAGGCACCAGACGGGCACCCUCUGCGGAUGUGGAAGGCAUCCACAGAAGUGGCUGCCCCUCCAGCUGUGGUGCUGCAUCGUGUCCUGCGAGAGCGGGCCCUGUGGGAUGAGGACCUACUGCGGGCCCAGGUGCUGGAAGCCCUGAUGCCAGGGGUGGAGCUGUACCACUACGUCACUGACAGCAUGGCACCCCAUCCUUGCCGUGACUUUGUGGUGCUCAGGAUGUGGCGCUCAGACCUGCCUCGUGGUGGAUGCCUCCUUGUCUCCCAGUCCCUGGAUCCUGAGCAACCCGUGCCAGAGUCCGGAGUGCGGGCCCUCAUGCUUACUUCCCAGUACCUCAUGGAGCCCUGUGGCCUUGGCCGCUCUCGCCUCACUCAUAUCUGCCGCGCUGACCUCAGGGGCCGUUCUCCUGACUGGUACAACAAAGUCUUUGGGCACUUGUGUGCCAUGGAAGUGGCAAAGAUCCGGGACUCUUUCCCCACACUUCAGUCAGCUGGCCCUGAAACCAAGUUGUGAGCCUUAGAGUGGUGUUGUCUAGGCCUCUGCUACCAAAGAAAUGAAUGGGAAGAACUGAGAUACCCCUAGGGACAAAGCCAGGCCCAGGUGGUCAGCUGCCUGUCAGCUUCCAUCUAAUGCUAGUCUGCACAUACACAAGAGUGUAGGUGGCUUAUCUCCACCUCCCUUCAUGCCCAUACUGCAUUCUGUUCUCACCAAAGCAAGAAGACUGCUGCUGCCCACCUGACCAAGAAGACCCUGCUGUAUCUUGAUCUCCAGCAGCCACCUACUGACAAGGGGAAGAAGGUGGAGAGCAUUGUGCAACCCGGGCUCUCUGCAUACCAAGAAGGCAAGCCAUCUUGCUGGCUGCUAGGGUUCAUUUGAGUUUGGAUAGGAGGUUCUGAUCCUGCCUUUGGGGCCAGCAUUGACCCUGAAUACAGGUCUGGAGCAAUGGCUGGGGUACAGCACAGGAAAGCACCAAUGAUCACAACCCAUUUUAUUUCUGUAAACAUGAUGCUGACUUAUGAGGCAGGUUGAGGAUGGCCCUAUGGGCCCAUACUAGGUAGGUAACAUGACGAAUUGGGAUAGCUUGGGAUAUAAGGGUGGAGAACCUUUCUUUCUCAAUCCCCAAGACACCAAUUAACCAUACUCCCUUGCUUUGGUCCACACUUGCUUUGUUACUCCCUAGAGUUGUGGGCAGCCUUUGGCUACUCAUGGCCAUAGCUACAGGUAAAUUAGGUCAUUCCCACGACACAGGCCAGGCCAAAGCUGACAGUGGCAGCAAGAUGUACAGAUGUAUCUUCAUGUUUUUUGCCCAUGGUGGGUGGUCUAUAAGAACUAUCCUGACCUAAAUCAAACACCCUGAACAAACACAAAGGGCUUCUUCCCUUAGCCAUCCAGGCCCUGAUUCCAGCCCAAUCUAUCCCACCCAGUGGCUAUGUUUGUUCAGAUAGAAAUCUAGCAACCAUUCGGAGGACAAGUGGUGCUUUCUUUGUCAUUGGUUAAGGAAACUGGAUUGUGUUGGGUUGCAGCUAUCACUGUAAUGUUUAUCUUGUUUUUCUCUGUACCUAUAAAUACUGUACAGCCAGAAUAUAUAUGUGUAUAUGUAUAUAUAUACAUAUGUAUAUAUUAAUACAUAUACACACAUAUCUGCAUGCACACACAACAACUCCCUCUUGAGUACAUUAUAAUCUCUGGGUGGGAGCAGGAUCUGGAGGGCCUGGGCUACGACACUUCUGUUCUAAUGAGAGAUGAGAGGUGAAGAGCAGGCCACAGCAGUUCCCUCUGUAGAACAAUAAAGCAUGACUG